CUAAUUUAGGGUUUCACUUCGGAGUUUUGGCAUGCUUUAUUUACAUGGUUUCUAUUGAAUUUGUGUGUCUACUAGCGUUGCAUGUGCUUCUGUAAUUACAAACUUUAACAUAAAUGAAAGAAAUUUUGGAUUUCAGUAGAUAAUUUUAGUGUGGAGAAAUCAUAGAUUUUAAGGCUAUCCAUGAAAGAACGGACGAUUGUGUGCUCAGAUUUUUGCUUGCUUUCUUUUGUUCUUUUGUUCUUAGGUUAGGAGAUGUCUACUCAGAUGCAUCCGGCGAAGGGAAAAGAAGUUCAAGAAUCACAUGUUGGAUGUACUUCACCAAACUCGAGCAAGGUGAUUGGGAAAGAAAAGGAGCAUCAUCGGGACAUUACUUACGAUAUCAGAACGUUUACUGUCCAAUGUGCAGCCUGCAAUAAAUGGAGGUUGAUCCCAACCAAAGAGAAGUACGAAGAAAUACGUGAAAACAUCUCGCGUGAGCGUUUUGUUUGUGAAAGUGCCAGAGAGUGGAGGCCCGAUAUAAGUUGUGAUGUUCCAGCUGAUAUCAUCCAAGAUGGGAGCAAACUUUGGGCACUUGAUAAACCAAAUAUCCCUCAAGCUCCUCCUGAUUGGAAGCGAUUAUAUCGGAUCAGAGGUGAAGGAUCCUCCAGAUUUGCAGAUGUGUAUUAUCUUACUCCACUGGGAAAGAGGCUGCGCUCUAUGGUGGAAAUCCAGAAAUAUAUAUUAGAACAUCCAGAUGGAGGACUGACUACGAGUCAGUUUUCAUUUCUAAUUCCAAAACCUCUGAAAGAAGACUAUGUUAGGAAGCGCCCUACAACUGCGAUGUCUUCUCCUGGUUUGUCCACGUUACAACCACUUGAACCAACUGAAGUAAAUCCCCUUGCAUGGGCAGGACCAGCAAAUGAUGAGUUGCGAGUUUCUGAUCGUAGAGGACUAAGCAACUCAAAUGGUGGUGGUCCUGUAUCCGAAUCCACUCCUUUACCAGCAAAGAAACGAAGAACAAAAUCGUUAGCCAGACUUGCACGUGAAGAUAAACCCGAGUCCAAAGCAUAAGAAAACCGCACCCACACCCAUGCCAACCAGACAAUAUAUCUCCUGUAAGGUUUUGAAUAUUUUGUACCUGUCCUUUUUUGGGUUCUUGGGGUUGUAAAUAUGCUGGGUGACAAAAGGUGACUGGUUAGAUGCUCCACAUUUCUGUAGAGUUUUAGUUUUUAGACGACUUCAGUUGUAUAUAGAAAAAGAAGUACUAGUACUACUGUUUUGUUCUUCUCUGUAGACUUCAAGUUGGAUAUCAAGUAUUUUGUAGUUUGUCUAGCGACAACUUCCCUGAUGAUCCUGAGUCUUCAUUCACAACUUACUACUAUUUUUUGGUGGUUCAGUGGUUUAUACACUUUUAAAUUUAAUGGAACUGUGUUUUGAGACU